CGGCGGGGGAGGAGCCGGGUCCACUGCCGGGUGGAGGGGCAAGGCGAGCGAGUGUCCUUAUCCUGGCAACUGGGGCUCGGGCCUGUGAGCCAGUUGGAGUCGCGGCGGCGGGGACGAUUGGGCCGAGCGGAGGAAGACAUGUUGCUUUUCGUGGAGCAGGUAACAUCUAAAGGAACUGGUUUAAAUCCCAAUGCCAAAGUAUGGCAAGAAAUUCCUCCUGGAAAUACUGAUGCCACUCCAGUAACCCAUGAAACUGAAAGCUCUUGGCAUGAAACAGCAGCUACAUCAGUGUCUCAUCCUGAGGGUAAUACAGACCUAUCAGAAGAUAUGUGUAAGGAAUAUGAAGUAAUGUAUUCUUCAUCUUGCGAAACCACAAGAAAUACUGCAGGCAUUGAGGAAUCAACUGAUGGAAUGAUUUUAGGACCAGAAGAUCUAAGUUACCAAAUAUAUGAUGUUUCUGGAGAAAGCAAUUCAGCAAUUUCUACAGAAGACCUAAAAGAAUGUCUGAAGAAACAAUUAGAAUUCUGUUUCUCACGAGAAAAUUUAUCAAAGGAUCUUUACUUGAUAUCUCAAAUGGAUAGUGAUCAGUUCAUCCCAAUUUGGACAGUUGCCAACAUGGAAGAAAUAAAAAAGCUGACCACAGACCCUGAUCUGAUUCUUGAAGUAUUGAGAUCUUCUCCCAUGGUACAAGUUGAUGAGAAGGGUGAGAAAGUAAGACCAAGUCAUAAGCGUUGUAUCUUGAUUCUUCGAGAAAUUCCUGAAACAACACCAAUAGAGGAAGUGAAAGCUUUGUUCAAAAAUGAAAAUUGUCCCAAAGUAAUAAGCUGUGAGUUUGCACACAAUAGCAGCUGGUAUGUCACGUUCCAGUCAGACACAGAUGCCCAACAGGCUUUCAAAUACCUAAGAGAAGAAGUUAAAACAUUUCAGGGCAAGCCAAUCAUGGCAAGGAUAAAAGCCAUCAACACAUUUUUUGCUAAGAAUGGUUAUCGAUUAAUGGAUUCUAGUAUGUAUAGUCAGCCCAUUCAAACUCAAGCACAGUAUGCCUCACCAGUGUUUAUGCAGCCUCUAUAUAAUCCUCACCAACAGUACUCGGUCUAUAGUAUUGUGCCUCAGUCUUGGUCUCCAAAUCCUGCACCUUACUUUGAAACACCACUGGCUCCCUUUCCCAAUGGUAGUUUUGUGAAUGGCUUUAAUUCACCAGGAUCUUAUAAAACAAAUGCAGCUGCUCUGAAUAUGAGUCGACCAUUCCAAAAAAAUCGUGUGAAGCCUCAUUUUAGGUCAUCCAGUGGCUCAGAACACUCAACAGAGGGCUCUGUGUCAUUGGGGGAUGGGCCACUAAACAGAUCGAAUUCAAGGAACUUACCAACUGAACGGCAUAACCCUACAGUAACAGGACAUCAGGAGCAAACUUAUCUUUCAAAGGAGACUUCCCCUUUGCAGAUGGAGCAGAAUGGGGACUAUGGUAGGGGCAGGAGAACCAUUUUCAGAGGUCGAAGACGACGAGAAGACGACAGGAUCCCAAGACCUCAUCCUUCAACAGCUGAAGCAAAGACUCCAACACCAAAGUUUGACUUAUUAGCUUCAAAUUUUCCUCCUUUACCUGGAAGCUCAUCAAGAAUGCCUGGUGAACUCGUUUUGGAGAAUAGGAUGUCUGAUGUUGUUAAAGGUGUCUACAAAGAAAAGGAUAAUGAAGAGUUGAGAGUUAGUUGCCCAGUGCCUGCAGAGGAUGAGCAGACAGAAUGCACUUCUGCCCAGCAAUUCAGUCUGAGUGCCAGUCCACCCUGUGCAGCUGAGCUUCCUGCAUUAAGCACAUCUCAGCAAGAAAAGGAUCUAAUAGAAGAUUCCACUAUUCAGAAGGAUGUUGUCAACCAAAUGACUAUACCGGUUUCUCCCCCAAGUACUGCAAAGCCAUCAAGAGGAAACACUGCUUCGCCAUGUAAUAGCGUAAAUGCAGCUGUAUCUGUGGCCCUGCAGGAACCCCGGAAGUUAAGUUACGCUGAAGUGUGCCAGAAGCCCCCUAAAGAGCCGUCUUCAGUUCUUGCACAGCCACUUCGGGAGCUUCGCUCCAACGUAGCAUCUCCUACCAAACAGGAAGAGAACGGAACUCCUGAGAAGUCUGUUGAGAAACCACAUGAGAAGCCAGAAGCAAAGGCUAGUAAGGAUUAUUCUGGCUUCCGAGGCAAUACCAUUCCCAGGGGAACAGCUGGAAAAAUCAGGGAACAGAGACGCCAGUUUAGCCAUAGGGCUAUACCUCAGGGAGUGACUCGACGUAAUGGCAAAGAGCAAUAUGUGCCACCCAGAUCACCAAAGUAAAAACAAACAAACAGACAGACAGACAAACAAAAAACUAUUCAGAAACUUCUCUCUCUUCCCAUUAAACUUGAGCCGUGGCUGUAUUGAACUGUUUUGGAGGGGAGGGGGUAGCCAAGAAGGAAACAGGAGAAAGUACUUCCUUAAUCAUUAUGGGCUUUGGAGUUGUGAGCAGUAGGAUCCCAAAAUUCAUCUCUAAUGUGAUUUUUAAAUGCUGGAGGAUUCCAAUCAGUAUAAAUACACACACACACACACACACA